CCCGGUGUGUGUGGCUCUGGGAGUGUUUUUGGGGUUCCUCCAUUCGCACGCCGCGGCUGCGAUGCGGGGUCCAGGGACCACGCGGCCCCUCACUUGAGUUCCUCACCCGAGUUCCUCACCAGAGUCACUCACCCGAGUCACUCACCCGAGUCACUCACCCGAGUCACUCACCCGAGUCACUCACCCGAGUCCCUCACCCGAGUCACUCAUCCGCUGAGGUCUGACACGAGGCCGUACACGGGCAGGAGGAGCUGGGUGCACGGCUCGCUAUCAACAUCGGGGUUCGGCUUUGUCGGGACCCCGAGUCGGUAGGAGGACGUGAAGAGGACGAGGAAGAGGAGGAGGAGGAGGUGGUGGCUGUAGGAGGGAGAGCGACACACGAGGGCACGCGGUGCAAGGAGGGAGAAGAAUGAGAAGAGGAGGCGACGUCUACACCACGACGACGACGACGAGGAGGAGGAGGACUUGAGAGUAGCGAGGAGGAGCAGGAGGGUCGAGGAUGGGCGACUCGCCGGGCGGCCUUGCCGUCUCCCUGUCGCCGCCGCCGCUAGAGCCGCCCGGCGGCCCCAACACCACCUCGGCGGCGGCGGCGGCGUGCGGCCCGGCGGGGCCGCUGGAGCCGGGCCGCUCCCUGGGCACGUCGCUCGCCUUCAUGCUGCUCGGCACCGGCAGCAACCUGGCGGCGCUGCUCGUGGUGGGGCGCCUCUACCGGCGCUUCCGCUCGCGCUCGCGCGCCUCCUUCCUGGUGUUCGCCGGCGGGCUGGUGUUCACCGACAUGAGCGGGCAGGUCAUCACGGGCGCGCUGGUGGCGCGGGCCUACGGCGCGGGCCUCCGCUGGGAGGAGAUCGACGACGGCGCCGGCUCGCUGUGCCGCUUCUUCGGCACGUGCAUGGUGUUCUUCGGCCUGGCGCCGCUCGCCCUGGGCACGGCGAUGGCGGCCGAGCGCUGCGUGGGCGUCUCCCUGCCGCUGCGCUUCGCCGCCCGCGUGACGGCACGCGGGGCCCGCCGGGCCGUGCUGGCCGCGUGGGCCGCCGUGCUGGCGCUGGCGGCGCUGCCCGCCCUCGGCGCCGGGGCCUACGUGCGCCACUUCCCCGGCUCGUGGUGCUUCGUGGACAUGCGCGGACAGGCCGGCGGGGGCGGCCGGGCCGGGGGCAGCGGGUGGCCGGCGCUGGUGUCCGCGCUGCUCUUCUCGGCCGUGGGCCUGGCCUGCCUGGCCGCGUCCCUCGUGUGCAACACGGUCACCGUGGUGAACCUGGCCAGGGCCCGCCGGAGGCUGUGGUGCGGGGAGCGGCGCACGUCCGUCACGUCGGCGCGGAGGCCGCACGACGUGGAGAUGGCGGUGCAGCUGGUGGCCAUCAUGCUCGUCGCCACCGUGUGCUGGAGCCCCUUCCUGGUGACUGUCGCCAUGAUGGCAUGGCGCUACUUCUGGGAGCCGGAGCCGGCACCGGACUGCGUGUUCCUUCGAAGCGCCGACAAGGAGCGGUUCCUUCUGCUGCUCAGAUUCGCCUGCAGCAACCAGGUGCUCGACCCGUGGGUGUACAUCCUGCUCCGGCGAGCCGUCCUCCGGGCUCUGUGCGGCCUCCUGGGCCGCCGCCUGCCGUCGCCCCACAAGAUGGGCUCGCUGCUCUCCAGCCUGCGCCGCAGCCUCUCGACGGAGCCCGCCCACAGGUCCUCCACCCGGAGCCCACGCAGCCCCCCGCGGGGGGCCGGCUGCCCCCCCUCAGAGAGUCUGUGGGGCUAUGGAGGCCCCGGGCCAAGGCAUCGCGCCACCACGGCGAUGGUCGUCAACCCUGAGCUGCUGGAAGUGGACGAGGAGGAGGUGGUGGAGGGAGAGAAGAAGGAGGAAGGAACCAUUGAGCCUCCUCAGCCAGGAUCUCCUGGGGCCCGUGGGAUGGGGGGCCCCAAACAGGAGGAACUGGGGGCCCACCCCGGGCAGGUGCCGCCGGCGCAGGGGACGCCGGGCGCAACGCCGGGCACCUGCAGGGACGAGGAAGCCGUCGGCCGGGGGUCGCGGUAAAGGAGGGAGACGGGACGAUGGUGGAGAGGCGACAGUGAGGAAGGUCGCGGUGGGGAGGUCACGGUGAGGUCACGGUAAAGAGGUCACGGUGAGAAAGUGCCACUGUGUGGCAAGGUCAAGGUGAAAAAGGUCACGGCGAAGAGGUCACAGCCUCCGGGAGAGGAACUGUUGUCGUCGUUGGACGUGGAGUAGAGGCGCCCAGAAGAUGGGAGCACGGCGCUGAGAGGGCCUGAGAGAAAGCCUGAGAGAGCCUGAGAAGGCCCGAGAAGGCCCGAGAGAAGGCCUGAGAGAGCCUGAGAAGGCCUGAGAGGGCCUGAGAGAGCCUGAGAAGGCCUGAGAGAGCCUGAGAAGACCUGAGAGGGCCUGAGAGAGCCUGAGAAGGCCUGAGAGAGCCUGAGAAGGCCUGAGAGGGCCUGAGAGAGCCUGAGAAGGCCUGAGAGAGCCUGAGAAGGCCUGAGAAGGCCUGGGAGAGCCUGAUAGGAUCUGAGAGGCCCUGAGAGGGCCUGAGAGGCCCUGAGAGGGCCUGAGAGGGCCUGAGAGGGCCUGAGAAGGCCCGAGAGAGGACCUGAGAGGGGGCCUGAGAGGCCUUGAGAAGGCCUGAGAGGGCCGUACGGGACUAAGGGAGGAGGUGCGGGGUGGGGAGGGUGGUUGGUUGGCUGAAGCACGUGAUGGUCAAUCAAACAAUAACCCUGACCCUAACCAACCAGACGUGAGUACUUAGUGCGAGCCAUAAUCCUAACCAACUAGCUAACGAGACGCUGGUACUAGGUCUCCCCGUAACUUUAACCACCCAGGCACUCAUAAUGGCUCUAACCCUAACCAACUACUGUUGGACCAUCCCUUCCACAGACCAUAUUCUUAACCCAAUCACCCAGCCAGCCACUGGUUCUACCUCUACCCCUCACCCCGUCUGCUUAUUUUCAGUUUCCGUGGUUACAGCGCCCCAUGUACAACCUGGCCUGGCACAAGCACCGCAGCGGCAUUACCGCUCAGCCAUUUGCCGAACGGCCCCUUGCCGUUGUUGUUGUUGUUGUUACCGUUGUUGUUGUUGUUACCGUUGUUGUUACCGUUGUUGUGUUGACACGUAGUAGGGCUUUCGCGACCAAAAUUAUUCACAAUAGAGGUGUUUUUGGUUUAGAUCCUCGCAAGCAUAAACGUGUCGUUAAACCCGCCACCACCCGACACAGCCAACCAGGAAGGUUUGUCGCGUAAAAAAAACGUGGCCAAUUCAUUGCUAGUUCAGCAAUACUGGUGUGUUGGAGAGUUAAAGCCACAACAUUAUCACUUUGAGUCCCAUGUGACCUAUUUGCCAGUAUCAGAGUAUGAAAAAUAAUAAUAGGUUUGAUCCUUUGGCAAUAAAACAGGUGGUGUUGAGAUGUUCAAACACAAAAUAGAUGUUCACCCCGAGCUCCAAAUGCUCUGAUACGUGUGGCAUUGCCUUUGCGCUGUUCGCCUUUUGGCGUUCUCUGGUCUGACACCGGUGGUGAGGCUAGGCCCUAAAGCAGGCUGCUGCCUCUGGUGUAGGCCAAUCAGUCGCAAAGACAAUGCCCUCUAUUACACUGGUCAACACACUUUUUCUGGCAUAAGGUAUUCCAACGGUUUCAAGGUAAUUUUGGGGUGCUGAUUCCAAAUCUGGCAUCAGUUUUUGUCUAUCACAUCAGGUUUUUGAGAUAUUAAAUAUUUUCAAUAAAAACUGCAGAAGAAAAAUAUUAAAUAAAUGUGGAUAUGUACAUACAAUGAUAUUAUAAACACACUAUCCUAAAAAUACAGCACAAUAUUUUAACACUAAAGCAGUCACUGACUCGCAACAACUUGCAAUCAUAAGUGACAGAGUUAAUUUCGGGUAAAAUCAAUGAAAAUGGGGUAUGCCGAUAGCAUAGAAAUGACAUGUGAUAGAGCAAAUCUGAGAUCAGAUUUGGAAUCAGCACCCUGAAAUUUAGUCUAAAACAGCUGCAAAAGUCCAGGCCAGAAAAAAAUGUUUUUUUUUUGUUGACCACUGUUAUCAGAGCGUGUGUGUUUGCAUGUUCACCGCAACUACUGCUUGUAGUUACUGUCGACUCGAUUCCUCGCAAAAGGUUUACAGUAAUCCCUCGCCACUUCGCGAUUCAAGUUUCGCGGCCUCAGUGCAUCGCGGAUUUUUAGAACUGAUUUAAAGGCCUCAUUAUACCUGUGCAGUAACACCAUCAUCAUCAUCAUUCAUCAUCACAUUCGUCGAACUGCACAGGUCUGUCAUCGUCGUCAUUGUCGUCGUCAUUACUGGAGUCAAGUCUCAAGAUACUACUGUAUCUUGAGAGAGAGAGAGAGAGUGAAUGUAUAAUGUUAAGGUUUUAUAAUUAAAUAGAUUUAAGUAAAAUAUAUAUAAAGUAUAAAUAUACAUAUUUUAAACAUUCUGGUACCCACACACACAUAUACAGAAAUUCCUAGGGGGCCAAUCCUACUUCGCGGAUUUUCAUCUAUCGCGAGAGGUUCCGGUCCCCAUUAACCGCGAUAAACGAGGGAUCACUGUAUUAUCUAUUUGGUGUUUGAACAUCUUAACACCUCCUACUUUCUAGCCAGAAAGGGUUCAAUCCUAUUCUUGUUUUUCACAAUUUGGGCACCAUGACGUUUUGCCGGUUAUUACAUCGAGCACCAACAGGCGAUUUUACCCCAUGGUUGGCUGUGUCGGGUGGUGGCGGGUUUAACGACACAUUUACACUUACACGAUCUAACCCCGAAAAGCCUUCGCUAUGUUGUUGUGUUGUUGGUGUUGUUGUUGUUGUGUUGUCGUUGUUGCUGCUGCCGUUGCGAAGUGAGCAUGGGGGCGAUGUGUGGAUAUGAAAUCCUGUGUGUCGGCGGUUGGUUUUGCCGUGCGUUGUACGGCAAGUCCUUGAUCAACGCGCUACUGCUGUUGCUGGUAGUAGUAGUCGUAGUAGUCGUUUGACACCUGGGAGGCUUUCGCGACCAAUAUGAAUCAUACUAGAGGCGUUUGGGUUUGAUCGCGUAAGUACGAUUCGGCCACAGUCGCCCGACGACAACGAUGAUGAUGAUGCUGGAUGCAAUCGGCAGCCAAACGCCGUGGGACUCAAAUGACAAACGUCGUGGAUUUGCUCUCCAACGCACAAAACCAAGCGGCAAGUGCUGAAGUGCUCGUAACUAAUUGGCCACAAACCCUUACCGGUUGGCUGUGGCGGGUUCAACGACACAUUUAAACUCGCGCGAUCUGACCCACAAAAUAAAACCCUGAUUAUGGAUCGGAGUCGGUGCCCGCCUGAGCAGUGCCGCCCAAAAUCGAACGGCGCGUUUAGCGAUAAACAAUGACGUAAUAAGGAUAAUGUAACAAUGAUAACGUGAUAACGAUAACGUGAUAACAAAUAACGUGAUCACGUAAUAACAAAUAAGGUAAUUACGUAGUAACGAAUACGUAAUAAUGAUAACGUAACGGCGGUAUAACGACACUCAUUCCGCGUUAUAACGGUGUGCGUUUCGCGUUAUAACGUUGUGAAUUUCGCGUUAUAACGGUGUGCGUUUCGCGUUAUAACGGUGUGCAUUCCGCGUUAUAACGGUGUGCGUUUCGCGUUAUAACGGUGUGAAUUUCGCGUUAUAACGGUGUGCGUUUCGCGUUAUAACGGUGUGCGUUUCGCGUUAUAACGGUGUGCGUUUCGCGUUAUAACGGCGCGCGUUUAGCGUUAUAACGGCGCGCGUUUCCGCGUUGUGCACAAAGUGUUCCUUGAUGUAAGAAGCAGCAGCUGUAGCAGCAGCAGCAGCAGCUGUAGCAGCAGCAGCAGGAGCAGCAGCAGCAGCAGCUGUAGCAGCAGCAGCAGGAGCAGCAGCAGCAGGAGCAGCAGCAGCAGCAGCAGGAGCACGUUAUCGCGAAUGUUCGUCCCUGGUGUGACCACCGGCGUGGUAGGCGACGACUCGCCGUGUUGGCAGCAGCGGGGCGACUGUGACGGACACAGCCCCUGGGUCCUCUGCCCAGACUCUGAGCAAGGGAGACACGCGGGGUGGUGGUGGUGA